UGCUCCUGGGGGCCGUGGCCUGGAUGGCUCUGGGGCUGUGGGUGCUCCUUUAGCUCAGACCCUUUCGGGUCUCAGGUGUUACAGGCAAACCCGGGGGUGCAAAGGUGAGGCUUCUGUGGACCAGAUGAAAUGUUUCCAUGCUGCUCAGCUGAGGAUUUGCUGGGCUCUUAUCUCUAGAGCAGUGGUGCUGGCUGAGGGGCCGGGUGGCACAAGGAUUGGGCAGGUGGGUGAAACUGAGGGAGGCAAAACAGCAAAGGGAAGGGAAAUGUGUCCACAGACACAGCACUUAGCCUGGUGUCUGGAAAAUCUGAAUCCAGCAAGGAAUGUGGUGGGAGUGGAGAACCUGUUGUGCAGAUGCUGCUGCCACAGGGACCCAGAGAGAAAGAAAUUAGUAUCUGGGGAGCUGAUCAUGGAGCAAGAGAGGAAAAUAGAAGUAAAAUAGCACAAAGAAGUUAAAAUCAUGGUCACCUGGUCACUCACUCCUGUGAGUGAGCAGGUGGUGAGUGAGGAGCUGGUGGAGGCUCUGAGGGGAGCAGCCAGGGCAAGGGAGGGCAGGGUCUGCGGGAUGUGCCAGGGCAGAGCCUGGGUCUUCCCAGAUGUGUUGGGAAACAUGGGAGGAGAGAUUGCACCAAAAGUAAACCUUGGAGUGGGAGGAGAAAUGAAGAAAGAACCCCAAAUUUCACAACCUCAGAGAUCAGGGACAGUAGCACCACUGCUGGCCCAGCCAUGACAGCGUAGGCCGGCGGUGAGAGAUGGAUCGGUUCAGCGAGUGCGGGACGCAGACGGACGCGGUGGUGGUGCUGUCCCUGGCACAGGCUGCUGUCCUGGGCCUGGUGUCCGAUAAUGAGCUGCUCGGGGCCACUGUCACCCCCACCGGCUUCUUCCCGGGGCUGGCCGGGGAGCAGCUGGACAAUGCCACCAUGGAGCCGGGAGAGCCUGAAGGUGAGGAGCAGGUGCCUGGGGAUGGGCAGGAUGAGGACACCCUGGAAGCAGACUCCUCCCUGGAGAAGCAUGCCCGGAGGAGGAAGAGGCCGCCUGUGAGGCUGAUGCCCAAGGUCAAGAGUGAGAUGGCAGAGGUGGAGGCUGAGCCACCGUACAACACACCGGUCCCCGGUGACGAGGAGGAUGAGGGGCAGCACGGCCACGCGCCGCAGCCCCCAGAGCCCGGCCAGGAGCCGCCGGUGCAGAGCGGUGCCAUGAACAUGAUCGACCUGGGCACCUUCAGCAGGAAGCCCCGACGGCUGCGGCACCUGCGCCGGCAUCGGGAGCUGGAGGGCAGCGAGCGCCCCAGGCGCAGGGGCAGUGACCUGGCCGGGGGUACCAGGGGAACCCCACAAACCACGGGCACCUUCGAGGCAGGGGCCCCGUCACCCGGGGAGGCCGAGGCUCCUGCGCCGGUGUCCCCCGAGCAGGUGAAGAGCGAGCAGGGCUGUGUCUGGCAGGAGCCGGGGGAGCUGGAGGCGGCCGGCGGCACCAGUGAGCACAGCAGGAAGGCGCAGCUGGACCGGCUGGACAUCAACGUGCAGAUCGACGACUCCUACCUGGUGGAGGCGGGGGACCGCCAGAAGCGCUGGCAGUGCCGCAUGUGCGAGAAGUCCUACACCUCCAAGUACAACCUGGUGACCCACAUCCUGGGCCACAACGGCAUCAAGCCCCACUCCUGCCCGCACUGCAACAAGCUGUUCAAGCAGCCCAGCCACCUGCAGACCCACCUGCUGACCCACCAGGGCACGCGGCCCCACAAGUGCGGGGUGUGCAGCAAAGCCUUCACUCAGACCAGCCACCUGAAGCGGCACAUGCUGCUGCACACCGACAUCAAGCCCUACAGCUGCCGCUUCUGCGGCCGCGGCUUCGCCUACCCCAGCGAGCUGAAGGCGCACGAGGUGAAGCACGAGAGCGGGCGCUGCCACGUGUGCGUGGAGUGCGGGCUGGACUUCUCCACGCUCACCCAGCUGAAGCGGCACCUGGCCACGCACCAGGGCCCCACGCUCUACCAGUGCCUGGAGUGCAGCAAGUCCUUCCACUACCGCAGCCAGCUGCAGAACCACAUGCUGAAGCACCAGAACGUCCGGCCCUUUGUCUGCACCGAGUGUGGCAUGGAGUUCAGCCAGAUCCACCACCUCAAGCAGCACUCGCUCACGCACAAGGGCGUGAAGGAGUUCAAGUGCGAGGUGUGUGGGCGGGAGUUCACCCUGCAGGCCAACAUGAAGCGGCACAUGCUGAUCCACACCAGCGUCCGGCCCUACCAGUGCCACAUCUGCUUCAAGACCUUCGUGCAGAAGCAGACGCUCAAGACCCACAUGAUCGUGCACUCACCUGUGAAGCCCUUCAAGUGCAAGGUCUGCGGCAAGUCCUUCAACCGCAUGUACAACCUGCUGGGGCACAUGCACCUGCACGCCGGCAGCAAGCCCUUCAAGUGCCCCUACUGCUCCAGCAAGUUCAACCUGAAGGGCAACCUCAGCCGGCACAUGAAGGUCAAGCACGGGGUGAUGGACAUCAGCCUGGACAGCCAAGAUGCCAUGAUGGAGCUGGCUGGGGCUGAUCACACUGAGCUGGAUGGCCAGCAGGAGAUGGAUGACUUCGAGGAGGAGAACUCUUAUGGCUACGGGGCCGUGGGCAACCCCCCAGACGAGCACACACUGGCCGAGCAGGCCAUGAAGGAGAUGGCCUACUACAACAUGUUGUAGCCCAGGCUGGUGGGGCUGUGGGGGCUUGGUGGGGUUAAGAGCCAGGCCCCCCUAGAGCUGGAGGGAUGGCUUCCACUGGGCUUGGGGAACACAGGGAUGUCCAGAAGACUUUGCUGGACCUGCCUUGGCUCUGCUGCUGCCCCCCUGCCCCUGCCUGCACCCUGCACCUGGUGACUUGAAGCUGCAGGCAGGGGAGGAAUGACCCAGCAGAUCACUGAAUGAGUAAGGACGGAAGGGGCUGCUGGAGCAAGAUGAUGAGCAUCACUAAUUAUUCUACCUCCUGGGUCCCCCCUCUCUGCACAGGGGUUCCCCUGACGGGCAGAAGCCCCUGCCCGCAUGAGGAGGUGGGUUUGCAUUUCCCACUCACCCUGGGGCUCUCACCCCUGUGUCAGGCCCUGGAUGCAGAACAGAGUAUUUUCGUAGAAGCUCAGGGCGCAGUCAGCGCCCACAGCUCCAGGUCUGGAGCUGCAGCCACCGGUGGAGCUGGGGGAGGCAAACCCAGCCCAGCCCCAGCAAAUGAUGGUAUUUUGAAAGUAAUUUAUUUUUUUCAGAUGUGCCGCGUGGUUGGUUUUAUCUUUUCACUGAGUUCAGUUCCCUUCAACCAAUGUGCUUUGUAAACCCG